AUGCUGAACAUUGAGGUGAUGGCGGAGGAUAUUGGCUACGAUCAACGGGCCUCAGGAUCUCCUCACGGUGACGGCCAUACACACUGCCAUCUGACCGGUACAGCGCUGAAACUGGGAUUCAUCAUGAAGAGCACACUCUCCUCAGCGUACCAGUGGCAUCGACAGGUCAGCAUUUCCCCACUGAAGUCGGUUAUGAGGCGAAUGCCAGUCAGGCCCCGACCUCGGCCCCCGACCUCCAGGCCCCCGACUCCAGGCCCCCGACCUCCAGCCCCCGACCUCCAGGCCCCCGACCUCCAGGCCCCGACCUCUAGGCCCCCGCCUCAGGCCCCCGACCUCCAGGCCCCGACCUCUAGCCCCCGACCUCCAGGCCCCCGACCCCGACCCCGACCUCCAGGCCCGACCUCCAGGCCCCCGACCUCUAGGCCCCGACCUCUAGGCCCCGACCUCAGGCCCCCGACCUCUAGGCCCCCGCUCCAGCCCCCGACCUCCAGGCCCCCGACCUCCAGGCCCCGACCUCCAGACCCGACCUCUAGCCCCGACCUCCAGGACCCCGACCUCCAGGCCCCGACCUCUAGGCCCCCGACCUCCAGACCCCGACCUCCAGGACCCCGACCUCUAGGCCCCCGACCUCCAGGCCCCCGACCUCUAGGCCCCCGACCUCCAGGCCCCCGACCUCCAGGCCCCGACCUCCAGGCCCCCGACCUCCAGGACCCCGACUCUAGGCCCCCGACCUCCAGGCCCCGACCUCCAGGCCCCCGACCUAGGCCCCCGACCUCUAGGCCCCCGACCUCCAGGCCCCCGACCUCCAGGCCCCCGACCUCCAGCCCCGACCUCUAG